UAAAGGGCUCUUAGUUCCUGAUAAGCUGCAGUUGAAGAGAAGUUAGAGAAGACAAACUACUCUCGUCUUGCUGAUUCCUCCUGACAUGACUCCAGAGAUAAAAGCUCAGGAUGUGGAAAAACUGUUAAAACUGAACUGAAACUGAAAAGAACAAAAUCGUCUUUGACGGAGAAUGGACUGACCUCACUCUGCUCGAUACUUUAUGUGCAGCAUUGAAAGAAAAUCUUUUCCACCUCAAAGUUAGAUCCCAAACACCAUCAUGCAAUAUACAGGAAGUUGGCCUCUGUUCCUUGUUCCUCUUCUGUCUUUCCUGCUUCAUUACAACCCCUUACUGGCUUUUUCACUGAAAAACUGCACAAUAGACUACUCUGAAGAUGUGAAUAAGCUGUGGGUUACAUGCACACAGCGCAGCCUCACCGCUAUUCCCGACGACAUACCUAGAAAUGCAUCAUUACUGGAUCUCAGCUCAAACAGCAUUUCAAAUAUCACCGGGACAGAUUUAAAAUAUUUACCAAAGCUCGCCUAUGCAUAUUUGGGAUUUAAUUUGAUUUCCCACAUUGAUGAUGGAGCUUUUGCAGACUCGGAGAAGUUAAAGGUCCUCUCUCUGUCCAGCAAUAAUCUUAAAAAAGUGACAGACAACAUGUUUCAAGGACUGUCCAAACUAGUCAAGCUAUCUCUGAUGAGUAACCGUAUCAGUUAUAUCUCCCCUGUGGCCUUUCAGUCCCUGGUCAGCUUAGAGGAAUUAGAUCUGGGCUCUAAUUACCUACAACAAAUAGCAGAUGUUGCUCCCAUCUUUAAACUACCAACUCUAAAUAAGUUGUCUCUUGGGAACAACAAGUUCACCUCUUUUGAAUCAGUCGACCUGCAUUUAAACGUCUCAAACAUAAAGACCGUGCUGCUGACUUUUAACCCUCUGAGAAAGUUCAGUCUUACAAAAGACAUCUUUCCUCAUUUGUGGUCUCUCGAGUUAAUUAAGUGUAGCAGCGACAUUGAAUGGGACGUAUCAAACAAUACCUUUCUGAGAACCCUAACUAGUUUGGCCCUAGGUGGAACUUAUAUUAGCUUUGAGUCGUACCGCAUGGCGCUGCAGACCACUGAGUCACUACAAACACUUUUUCUGACGUCGAUGAAGGCGAGGAUAGAUGAAGGUCUCAUAGAUGUCGCCUGCCAAAUUCCUUCUCUAAGAAGUCUUGAUUUAGGGUAUAACCACAUUGUCAGCGUAGACGACAACCUGCUGCAGUCUUGUUCUCAGGUCACUGACCUCAGUUUAUCUUCUAACAAGCUGUCCAACAUGUCAGAGCAUUCACUCAGAUCGAUUUCACAGCUCAGGUAUCUGGUUUUGGGCAAUAACCACCUAUCCAAAGUGCCCCUCGCAAUCAGAGGACUCUCCACACUGGAAACCUUGGAUCUGAGAUCCAACUACAUCACUGAACUCGACUGCAACGCUUUCCUGAAUUUAACAAGAUUAACAACGCUUAAUCUCUACCAAAAUCUCAUUUCAAAAAUUAAAGGAUGUGUUUUUCAAAGCUUGAAGGAUUUGAUAGAAGUUAAUAUUGCAGAAAAUGCGGUUUUUACUUUUGACAAUACUUUCAAGGUUGGCUUGCAGAAACUCAAAUCUUUGAAUUUACACAAUAAUCGUCUCUUAAAGCUCAUGCCAGAAGACUUUAGAAACCUGUCCUCCCUCCGUUCUUUGGAUUUAGAAAAAGACACAUAUUACGAUGUGAAUGAUGGGGCUUUCCAAGGACUUGAUAAUCUUCAAACUCUUAGUAUUACACCUGGACAUUACAGAAAAGAGAUGUUCAUAGGACUUACACAGUUAGAGAAUCUGACAUUACAUCUUACCUCAAAGUGGAAACCGAGAAGUUCUCAACAAAAUGAUUAUUCACCUUUCUCAAAUUUACCUAACUUGAAGAAGCUUAUACUCAAAGUUUACACCACAUUAAUUUUCUUCGACAUUACACAAGAUCUGCUCAAGGGCCUUAAAUCUUUAGAGUUCUUAACUUCUGACAAUUUCUUCAGGAAGUCGUUGCACCCGGACACAUUUAAACACACUCCCCGACUGAAGGUUCUUCAGAUAAUAAACAGCAAUCUGUCACAUUUAACCCCUGAACUGUUCUGGCAAAUUCCAAACUUGCAGAAACUCGAUCUCUCCAACAAUAAAUUUAGAUAUUUGGAUUUCCUCGGCGGGGCGAACCUGCUGACCCUCAGAUGGCUAAAACUCAACGGGAAUGAGUUGUCGGUCAUCAACGAAACGGCCCUCCAAUGCCUCCCUGCGUUGACGUACCUGGACCUGAAUAACAACCCUUUAACGUGCGAAUGCUCCAACAUUGGCUUCAAACAAUGGGUGCAAAGCAACAACCAGACGCAGGUAGUUAAUGGCCACCAGUAUACUUGUGCCUUUCCUGUGAGCCAAAAGGGGAACAAGUUCCUUGACAUUGACACUAGCUCCUGUUGUAUAGACGCUGGCUUCUUCUGCUUCGUAUUCAGCACUUGUCUGGUUCUGUUUACUCUCCUCGCAUCCUUCAUUUACCAUUUCCUGAGGUGGCAUCUGACCUACGCCUACUACCUCUUUCUGGCCUUGGUCUACGAUAAGAGGAGGGGAAGGAAGGGCUCUCCUCACCACUACGAUGCUUUUGUCUCCUACAAUGUUUACGAUGAAGCCUGGGUCUACGAGGAGAUGCUUCCAGUGCUGGAGGGGGAGCAAGGAUGGAGACUCUGUCUGCACCACAGAGACUUCGAACCAGGUAGGCCCAUCGUAGAAAACAUUACAGACGCCAUCUACGGCAGCAGGAAGACCAUCUGUGUGAUCAGCCGACACUACCUGCAGAGCGAGUGGUGCUCCAGAGAGAUCCAGAUGGCCAGCUACCGUCUGUUUGACGAGCAGGACGAUGUGCUGAUCCUGCUGUUUAUGGAGGACAUCCCUGCCCGCGAGCUGUCUCUGUACUACCGAAUGAGGAGUCUGGUGAAGAGACGCACCUACCUGAGCUGGCCGCAAGCCGGUCAACACACGGGAGUCUUCUGGCAGAACAUACGGCGAGCUCUGAUGACACCUGGAAGUCCCACGGACAACCCAACCAUGAGUUUCUUUCAGAUCCAGGAAUGAAAAACAAACAGUUUUUUGUUUAAACUGUAACAAAUAAUAAAUUUCAAAAGGGAUUUAAAUGGGCUCUUCUUACCUGUAAAAAGGUAAUUUGAUAUAUGGGAUGGAUACACAAACCGAGGACCCGAUGGGCCGGGCCGGGUUCGGACAGAUAUUUAGAAAUGAGGUUGGGGCUCAGUCACAUCAGCGUGAUAAGGCAUUGAACAUUUUAAAUUUAAAAAGCUUUUUAUGUGCGCUUGUUGCCCCGUGUGCUCUGAUGCAAACGUACAUGUGUUAUUAGUAUGAGAUAAAAACGAGAUUUUAACUGGACAUAAAUAUCUUAAUGCCUGUCAGGCUCGGGCCUUGUUCCGUUAAUCGGAAAAUAGGGGUACAAGUUUGUCAUAAGUUUUAAAAGAUCUGUUGUGAGUAGAUUGAAAUGACAUUGUAUUUUUAUUCAAGGAACUUCAUCAGGCAACUUUUACUGUUUAAAUAGUGAAUUGUGGCCAAUUAGAAUAGACAGAUAAAGUAUUUCAUAUGAAACACUUCAUCUGUGAUACAUGUUUUUAUUAAUGUACUGAACUGUAACAGAGGUCUGUGGUGUCCUGGUCACAUGUUGAGGGUUUUUCUGAAUGACAUUUAGUCUAAUUUCAUUCACAAAGCACAUGGCCGGUUACCAUGGAUACUACAGCUGUCUGUCAGGGCCACCUGAGGGCUGUUUGUGUAGGUGGGUGUUAGAGAGAGAGAGAGAGACACACAGAGAGAGAGAGACAGACAGAGAGAGAGAGACAGACAGAGAGAGAGAGUGAGAGAGACAGAGAGAGAGAGAGAGAGAGAGAGAGAGAGAGAGA